GGAGAGAGGACAGAAAAAAGCGCAAUGAGGCCCCCGAGAAGAGCCAGGUGAUCUAAUGCCGUUAAUCAUAAGGGCAAGACCCCCGCGGGGGGCACAGUAUGCCAGCAACAGAAGGACCACUCCCCCAACUGACACCUCAGCUCCCUGGUCAGAAGGAAACACCCAUCUGCACCAGCUCCAUCCAUCACAGUCCCUUCAUCCUCCAGCUAGCACCGGCAAGCCCGUCGGCUCCGCUCAUGGCCUCCUCGGGGCCAACAACUCCAUUCAGGGCCCCGGUGGAGCUGCACCCGGAGUCAGCCCGGUCUUCGCUUGGCAUGCCGCCAUUAGCGCAGCCCGGCAAGCGCAGGGCGAUCCUGAAAAGCCCAACAUAAGUUCACGUCCCCCAGUUUGUACCACUUCUGCGCCAGCUCCUGUGGGCUCACUGGCACAGAAGAAGAGGCAGCAGUAUGCCAAAAGCAAAAAGCAGGGAGGAUCCACCAGCGGCAGACCGCCCAGAGCCCUUUUCUGCCUCACCCUCAACAAUCCAAUCCGCAGAGCCUGCAUCAGUCUGGUGGAGUGGAAGCCCUUUGAUAUCUUUAUACUGCUGUCUAUUUUUGCCAACUGUGUGGCCUUAGCCAUCUACAUCCCCUUUCCUGGAGACGACUCCAACUCUACCAACCAAGAACUGGAGACAGUAGAGUAUGCCUUCCUCAUCAUUUUCACAAUAGAGACAUUUCUGAAGAUUAUUGCCUACGGUCUGGUGAUGCACCAAAACUCCUACGUCAGAAACGGCUGGAACAUGCUGGACUUUGUCAUUGUCAUUGUGGGGUUGUUCAGUGUGGUUCUGGAAAUGAUAACCAAAGAUGCAGAUUCUGGUGGUCAGUCUGGAGGCAAACCUGGAGGGUUUGACGUCAAGGCCCUCCGAGCCUUUCGCGUGCUACGACCCCUUCGCCUUGUCUCUGGAGUUCCCAGUUUACAGGUGGUUUUAAAUUCCAUUAUUAAAGCCAUGGUUCCCUUGCUUCACAUCGCUCUGCUGGUCCUCUUUGUCAUUAUUAUCUAUGCCAUCAUUGGCCUGGAGCUUUUUAUUGGCAAAAUGCAUGCCACCUGUUACGUGACAGAAACAGGUGCCCUCGCAGAGGAAGAGCCGGCGCCAUGUGCAAUAUCAGGGCAUGGGCGUCAUUGCCUUCUCAAUGGUACAGUUUGCCGGGAAGGCUGGCAAGGCCCCAACAAUGGCAUCACCAACUUUGACAACUUUUUGUUUGCCAUGCUCACUGUGUUCCAGUGCAUCACCAUGGAAGGCUGGACUGACGUUCUCUACUGGAUGAAUGAUGCAAUGGGCUUUGAGCUGCCGUGGGUCUACUUUGUCAGCCUCGUCAUCUUUGGAUCCUUCUUUGUUCUUAACCUGGUUUUGGGUGUGUUGAGUGGAGAGUUCUCCAAAGAGCGAGAAAAGGCCAAGGCUCGAGGUGAUUUCCAGAAGCUGCGUGAGAAGCAGCAGUUAGAAGAAGACCUGAAGGGCUACUUGGACUGGAUCACCCAGGCAGAGGACAUCGACCCUGAGAACGAGGAGGAGGGAGAUGAGGAGGGCAAGCGUAACCGGGUCACGCUGGCUGACCUUACUGAGAAGAAGAAAGGAAAGUUUGGCUGGUUCACUCAGUCCACAGAGACACAGGCGAGCAUACCCACAAGUGAGACAGAAUCAGUGACCACAGACAAUCACAACGGAGAGGAAGACAAAUCACCAUGCUGUGGUCCACUGUGCCGCCAGUGGCGUCGAUGGAACCGUUUCUGCCGCAGGAAGUGUCGCGCAGCUGUGAAAUCGGUGACCUUUUAUUGGCUCGUCAUCAUCUUGGUGUUCCUCAACACUCUUACUAUCUCGUCUGAGCACUACAACCAGCCAGACUGGCUGACUGAAGUACAGGAUGUUGCCAACAAAGUUCUUCUGGCCUUGUUCACCUUGGAGAUGCUGGUGAAAAUGUACAGCUUGGGAUUGCAGGCCUACUUUGUAUCCCUGUUUAACCGCUUUGACUGUUUCGUGGUGUGUGGCGGCAUCGUAGAGACCAUCCUGGUGGAGUUAGCGAUCAUGUCUCCUUUGGGUAUCUCUGUAUUGCGCUGCGUACGCCUCCUUCGAAUCUUCAAAGUCACACGUCACUGGGCAUCUCUCAGUAACCUGGUGGCCUCUCUCCUCAACUCCAUGAAGUCCAUCGCAUCCCUGUUGCUGCUUCUUUUCCUCUUCAUCAUUAUCUUUUCCCUGCUUGGCAUGCAGCUUUUUGGGGGAAAGUUUAACUUUGAUGAAACUGUGACUAAAAGAAGCACUUUUGAUAACUUCCCCCAGGCCCUUCUCACUGUUUUCCAGAUCUUGACAGGAGAAGACUGGAACACAGUAAUGUAUGAUGGCAUCAUGGCAUACGGUGGUCCUGCCUCCUCUGGAAUGGUCGUCUGCAUUUACUUCAUCAUCCUCUUCAUUUGUGGAAACUACAUCCUGCUAAAUGUUUUCUUGGCCAUCGCCGUUGACAACCUGGCAGAUGCUGAGAGCCUCAACACAGCGCAGAAAGAGGAGGAAGAGGCAAAGAAGAGGAAGAAUAGUACCAGGGAUGCAAGCACUGAUAAGAAAUGUGACAUAGCAGAAAGCAAAGAUGGCGAGGCCAAGGUGCCGCUGGAGGGCUUGCAAGAGGAAAACAAAGAGUUGUAUCCUUCCAGUGAGUCUCCAGUGUGUGAUGAUGGUACCGACAAUGACGAGCUCCCAGAAGUCCCGUCUGGGCCUCGGCCUCAGCGACUUUCUGAACUCACCAUCAAAGAAAAGAUUCCACCCAUCCCCGAAGGCAGCGCCUUCUUCAUUUUCAGCAGCACAAAUCCGUUUCGUGUAUUCUGCCAUAAGCUGAUCAACCAUCAGAUCUUCACCAACCUCAUCCUGGUCUUCAUCAUGCUCAGCUCUGUCUCGCUGGCUGCCGAAGACCCCAUCCGCAACUUCUCUGCUCGCAAUAUCAUACUUGGUUAUUUUGACUAUGCUUUCACCGCAAUCUUUACUGUUGAGAUCCUGUUGAAGAUCCUAGGCUAUGCAGACUAUGUCUUCACUAGUAUGUUUACAUUUGAGAUCUUUAUUAAGAUGACAGCAUUUGGAGCAUUCCUUCAUAAAGGGGCGUUCUGCAGAAACUACUUCAACCUAUUAGACCUGCUGGUCGUUGGUGUGUCUCUGGUGUCUUUUGGCAUUCAGUCGUCCGCCAUCUCAGUGGUGAAAAUUCUUCGUGUUUUGCGAGUUCUUCGUCCUCUCAGGGCCAUCAACAGAGCUAAGGGACUCAAGCACGUGGUCCAGUGUGUAUUUGUGGCCAUCAGGACCAUUGGCAACAUCAUGAUCGUCACCACUCUGCUGCAGUUCAUGUUCGCUUGUAUCGGAGUGCAACUUUUUAAGGGUAAAUUUUAUCGAUGCACAGAUGAUGCAAAGUCCAGCCCAGAUGAGUGCAAGGGUACAUAUAUCCUCUACAACAAUGGUGACACUGCGCUGCCCAUGGUGAAGGAGAGGAUCUGGUAUAACAGUGAAUUCAACUUUGACAACGUCCUCAUGGCCAUGAUGGCUCUUUUUACCGUUUCCACCUUUGAAGGAUGGCCCACUCUGCUGUACAAGGCCAUCGACUCCAACAGGGAGAACAUGGGCCCUAUCUACAACUACCGCAUCGAGAUCUCCAUCUUCUUCAUCAUCUACAUCAUCAUCAUUGCCUUCUUCAUGAUGAACAUCUUUGUUGGUUUUGUUAUUGUUACGUUCCAGGAGCAAGGGGAAAAGGAGUACAAGAACUGUGAGCUGGACAAAAAUCAGCGUCAGUGUGUCGAGUACGCUCUUAAAGCUCGCCCUCUUCGGCGCUAUAUUCCCAAAAACCCCUACCAGUACAAGUUCUGGUAUGUGGUGAACUCCACCGGCUUUGAAUACGUCAUGUUUGUCCUAAUCAUCCUCAACACCUUAUGCCUGGCCAUUCAGCACCAUGGUCAGUCUCAUUUAUUUAACUAUGCCAUGGACAUCCUGAACAUGGUGUUCACUGGGGUUUUCACUGUAGAGAUGAUCCUCAAGCUGAUUGCCUUCAAGCCCAGAGGCUAUGUUGGGGACGCCUGGAACGUCUUCGAUGCUCUGGUGGUGAUUGGCAGUGUAGUCGACAUCAUACUCAGCCAGAACUAUUUUGCUGAUGCAUGGAACACGUUUGAUGCCUUAAUUGUUGUUGGUAGCGUGGUUGACAUUGCCAUCACUGAGAUCAAUGUAAGUAAUCAUUUAUCGCACAUGUUUUGCUGUGUCUUCCGCUGCAGGAGUGCCUUGCUUCGCAUCUCCAUCACCUUCUUCCGCUUGUUCAGGGUGAUGCGAUUGGUCAAACUGCUGAGCAGGGGUGAGGGAAUCAGGACUCUCCUGUGGACCUUCAUCAAGUCCUUCCAGGCUCUUCCCUAUGUCGCACUCCUGAUAGCCAUGCUGUUCUUCAUCUACGCUGUAAUUGGAAUGCAGGUGUUUGGGAAAAUAGCAAUGGUAGAUGGGACACAAAUCAACCGCAACAACAACUUUCAAACUUUUCCCCAAGCUGUCUUGAUGCUGUUCAGGUGUGCUACAGGCGAGGCCUGGCAGGAGAUCAUGCUAGCCUGCAUGCCAGGCAAGCUGUGCGAUUCAGAGUCAGACUACAACCCUGGGGAGGAGAGGACCUGUGGCAGUGGCUUUGCCAUUAUCUACUUCAUCAGCUUCUACAUGCUCUGUGCUUUCCUGAUCAUAAACCUGUUUGUUGCUGUCAUCAUGGAUAAUUUUGACUAUCUGACCCGUGAUUGGUCCAUUCUCGGGCCGCACCACUUGGACGAGUUUAAAAGGAUCUGGUCAGAAUACGACCCAGAAGCAAAGGGCAGGAUAAAGCAUCUCGAUGUAGUUACUCUACUGAGGAGGAUCCAACCCCCGCUGGGCUUUGGGAAACUUUGCCCUCACAGAGUGGCCUGUAAGCGUCUGGUGGCAAUGAACAUGCCCCUGAACAGUGAUGGAACUGUAAUGUUUAAUGCCACCCUGUUUGCUUUGGUCCGCACUGCUCUCAAGAUUAAGACUGAAGGGAACCUGGAGCAAGCCAAUGAGGAGCUUAGAGCUGUGAUCAAGAAGAUCUGGAAGAGGACCAGUAUGAAGCUGCUGGACCAAGUGGUGCCUCCUGCAGGCGAUGACGAGGUAACAGUGGGGAAGUUCUAUGCCACCUUCCUGAUACAGGACUACUUCAGAAAGUUCAAGAGGCGCAAGGAGCAAGGUCUUGUGGGAAGGCGCUCAUGGGAGAGGCUGAAUACCACCUUGGCUCUACAGGCUGGCUUGCGUACGCUGCAUGACAUUGGACCAGAAAUCCGUCGUGCCAUAUCGUGUGACCUCCAGGAGGAAGGACUAGUAGAUGAAAAUGCAGAGGAAGAGGAGGAAAUCUACAGACGUAAUGGCAGCCUUUUUGGGAACCAUGUCAACCACAUAGGUGGGGAUCAGCAAGGCUCUUCUCACCCCACCACCGUCACACAGCGGCCACUACAGAUCCUGCCCUUCUCCAGCGCUGCCUCGACCGAGCCCCCGCAAAUCGUCAGGAGAGCCAGCAGUAACGAUAGAGAAGGAGAGACAGAACUGAACUCUUCACCCAUCCUGUACAAUCAACUUCAUCACACCACUCAUUACCCUCACUGUAAUUCCACUUGUGUUCAGUCGCCAAUACCUUCCAAUGCCAACCUCAACAAUGCCAACGUGCCCUCACUUCUCUCCAUGACCAUUGCGAGGCAGCAGAAGUGUUUAAUACGGAGUCGCCCGUCCUCCACCAGAAACAUCAUUGAUGUUUGCAGGACACGCUACUAUGAGGCCUAUAUUAGGUCAGAGAGCAGCGGAGCACUUUAUCCCACCAUUCGUCGAGAGGAGAGGGGCAAUGGGGACAGCGAUGAAGAGAGAGGCUCAGGCGAGUACUUCAGUGGGGAGGAAUUUCAUGAAGAUGACAUCAUGCUCACAAAGGAAAGGUUGUCCAACAAUGAAUGCCAUGAUGAUGCAGAGGGAGAUUUUGACCUCGUUUCCAGGGGUGACUGCCAGUCUGAAAGUUACUGUGACGAUGAUCAACGGCCAAUCUACCAGGACAGCAGGGCGUCACCCAGGAAAUGGUUUUUACCCUCACCUCAAGCCUCCAACAGACCAACAUUCAAUUUUGAGUGUCUUCGGAGAAGAAAUAGUGAAGAUGGUGCUCCUUCUUCUCCAUCAUGCACAGCUCUUCCACUACACCUGAUGCAGCAGCAUGUGAUGGCGGUGGCCGGCCUCGACGCAAGCAAAAUUCACCGUCUUUCUCCCACAAGGUCCAUGCGUUCGUGGGCCACACCUCCUGCCUCCCCAGUUAGCCGUGACUUCUCGCCCAGUUACACGCCACUCAUACAGGUGGAUUGGCGCAGUCCUGGCAGUGUGGCCAGCAUCCCUGGAGCAGUGAAGAGGAGUUCAUGGUACACAGAUAGUCAGGACGGCCCUCCCAGCCAAAGCCAUUCUCCGUCACGUCUGCAUUUACCCACAGAGUGCUGCUCGCACUGCCUGCAAAAGAGAGGCAGUGCCAACAGUCUGGUGGAAGCUGUGCUGAUUUCUGAAGGUUUGGGGAAAUACGCCAAGGACCCUAAAUUUGUGUCAGCAACUAAACAUGAGAUUGCAGACGCCUGCGAGAUGACCAUUGAUGAAAUGGAGAGUGCCGCCAGUAACCUGCUGAAUGGGACCAUGGGUAAUGGCAACACAGGGAGGAAAGAGAGCGUUGGCUCGGAUUCGCAUGCCAGUGCAAAUAUUAGGGACCACAGCAUCCGUGACUACAGCGAUGAGGAGCCAUAUGUGGCUGUGAAAUGUGAGGAGGACCUAACAGAUGAGAUGAUAUGCAUCACCUCACUAUAACAGCAGCUCACACUGGGAUAUAUUUAGGAUUUUUUCAAUUGAAUUUUUACUACUGCUCUACGGUGAGGGGACACCUCUAUUCAAGUGCAUCAUGCAAUAAUGAAAAUGUGUAAAACACAGAUGGAUAAGAGAGCAAAGUGCCUUGUUUUCUCUUAAGAAAUGAUGAAGAAAUGGUUGGGUUUCUGGAAAAUUUAGCAAACCAGAGGGAAUCAAAUCUGUCUGCCAACCAGUCUGCCAUCUAGUGAGAAUUCAAACCUCUAAAUUGAGUUUUUCUUUAUUGUUACACUGGUUUCUUACAGCAGGAAAAACUCAAAUGUAGGUUUUCUAACACAGAUUUUAGGAAUCAGCUUCAGUUCAAGGCGAUAAUGGGUCGGCCCAGCUGCAUUGUUCUAAAAUAAAUCUAAACUGUUUACUCGAUAUAUAAAGAGCCAAAAAAACAAAAAGUGUUCCACCGUUUCAAUCAUUUUUAGAUUGCAGUGCAUGAUUUUGUUUUUCCCAAAGAAGCUGAUUUUGUUAAAACAAUUUUAGAAAAAUAUCCAAAGCAUUCAACUAACUUACGUUCCAGUUUAGAUGUCUGGAAAAAAAAACCCCACCAGCGCCAGGUCAGCGUAUGGUUGUCCAGUCAUUCCAAGCUUCCCUGUAUUUUGUUGCCAGAUCCAUGUAUAUAAAUAAUGUGUGAUUUUAAACCUUUUAUUGGUCAUGUUAGCAAACACUGGUUGUUCGCAUUACAUUAUUACCAUCGUGACUCGAUUUAGAGUAAAAAAAACAAAAACAAAAAACUUGACAGAAACUGUUUUUUUCUUAGUAGUCUUGAUCACUUAAACUUCUCUGGGUUCACAGUUCAGGAUUUCAGGGCUAAGCUUGGCUAUGUCUCUGUUUUUGACUUGAAAAGGAAAUCACAUAUCAGUAGGGAAAAAAAAAACAAGUCUUUGUCCUCAGGCAUAUCCUCCUUCUUCAUGUAAUCGCGGACACAUUCUCUUAAGUCCUCCCUUUACACUAACAGCAGUGCUACAUUCAAGGAGUUUGAUCAAGCUACACACCCUAAAAAUAAAGGAAUAUUAGGAUGCUGUGUGUCACUCACUGCUGUGUGUCACUCACUGCUGUGUGUCACUCACUGCUGUGUGUCACUCACUGCUGUGUGUCACUCACUGCCCUUGAUGAUCCUUAACUUUGAAGACUGAGUUUUCUUUGUUAAGCCCUUUACUCAGAUAUGUAAUGAUGUACAUUACUAUGAAUCACUAUUCCCCCUGAAUCACUCUGAGAUCAGCUACAGUAGAUAAUCUCUGAGGUUUCUGUGUGAUGUGGCUCAAUAGACUCAUGAGUCAACAAAAAUAAAAGCAAAGACCACCAGAGUUUCUUUGUGUCACAGAUGACACACCAAUUAAACCGUUUAUUUCCUCCACAGCUGCAAAACUCUUUUUGUUUUUGCAAUGGAAUGAAUAAGACCAUACAGGUCUCUACAUAAUGGGCAACUAUUUACUGGAUUGCCUGACAAUAUGCUAUGUCAUUAUAUUUGCUCUUGUAAUGAAAUGACUGCUGUUGCCUUUUAUCUGUUGGAGUUGUUUUUGUCAAGACAAAGAGCACAACUGGGGGAAAAACGUAGUAAAGCGUUUCUGCACCACUAACGGGUGUUUGUCUCCCACUGCCAACUAUGAUAACCUUCAGAUUAAUUUAAACAAAAAACAACAUACCAAGUGAUGGCUAGGCAAUCUUUCUUUUUUUCUUACUCUAAAUACUGCUGUAAGGGCAAUUUGUUCUGUACAAUCAAAGGGCUCCUUUAAAACCAAAACAAGGGAAUGCUUGGUUACAUUGUAACCCUGGUUCUCUGAGUGUAGAGACUUUCUCUCCACUCUACUAUGUAUUUCAUUUAUGAGUUGGAGAGAUAGUCUGGACAGAAUAGAGAACACUCGUCCAUACUCAGAUGCGUCAAAUGUUUUUUGUUACCAAAAUUACUGAGGUUUAUUUAUUUAUCUAUUGUGACUAAAAGUUGACUAAAGGGUCUAAAUCUGGUGCCGGUAUUUGCUAUUGGACAUUCUGAUGAUGUAGAUAUACAGAUGUACAGAUGCAGGAUACAAGCUGCUAUCUGGACUAUCGUUCAGAUGGACUGCAAAUGCACUCUUUCCUCUUCACUCUAGAAGAGCCUCAUACAGGUUUAAGUGGCCAAUACAGCUGAUAAAUGAGACAUAUGCAUUUUUUUUAACUGCAAGUAAAUUGUUUUUAAUGUAGACUUUGAAAAAAAUCUUAUUACCUCUGUAACUCUCCGGGCCUGUUGGUUAACAUGUCAGGGAAACUCUGGUAACGCUGCAUUUGCACAAAAGUAGUAAUCGGAAACAUUUAUGUGUGAUUUUUUUUUUCUUUAUUGGCAGCGUUCGUGAUUGGUUGUCCAAAAGUCCAUAGUAAUGAAUGAUGAACCACCAAAUCUUUAGUAAAAAACAGUGUUUGUACCCAACAUUACAAAGAUUAAAGAUGAGUACCAGAUUCAACACUGGUUUGAUUUCCAAGAAGCCAUAAAAAGUCUGAGGUAAACAUGCUGGCUUCUAUGUGAGACUUUUGUUUUUUAUUGAAAACCACCCAACUCCACUCCCCAAGGCAUUCAGCUAUGCUUUGAAUCACUUACAACAGCUUCUUGACUGGAAGCCAUCUGCUUAGGAAUAUAAUCUGUCAAAAGUGCACGACUCCAAACAGUUCAGAUUUACCCUGCGGCUCACAUGCGAGAAACUUGAAACAACAUUAGUCACGUGGAGAUUAUUACUAGUGCAACUACCCAAAUGAUUUAUCACAUGAGAUAAAAUGACAAGGACUGCAAAGCUUUGUUGUGCAACGCAGCUUUAUUUUUUUGUACUGUUCCACUGCUUUACAGAUGUCUAUAAAGUGACAAUGAUGUAUAAAAUCUGUACAGCGUUUGUAAAAAGUACGCGAUUAACUUGAAGAUCUCUGCUUUCUAUCCAGUUGUAUGAAAAUUUAAAAAAAAGCAAACAAGAAUAGCUCUAUCUCUACUUUGUAGCAUGAGUACUAGUACCUUAUAAGUUUUGUACCAAUAAAAAGAGAAGCCCUUUUUUGCAUACUUGAAGUUUUGCCUGGAAUGACAAUGAACCUGCUGAUUUUUUGUAACGAACACUGAAUAAAGACACAAGAACAAGG